CGAGCAAGUUUUUUUUCUUUCUUUUUUUAUCCACAAUGUAACAGGUGACAUGGGCGUUGAUGACUGGUUUUAGUAAUGCUGAGCUUCCUGGUGGAAAAUAUACAUUAUAUGCAAUAUAAGGCAUCUGGCUGAAAGGAGAUCCAAAGUUGCUCCAUGUGAAGCCCAUCUGGAGACACCCAGGAAGUCAGCCAUGACACCGACCAAGCAAAUAAACAUCCAACGGGCCCUCACUCUGACCGGCGCCUUCAACUUCCUGUACUCCUGUGCCAAAUCCUGCCUGCUCCCCUUCCUGACGCUGUACUUCCGUCAGCUGGGCCUCACCCCUGAGAUGACGGGCAUCAUCAUGGGCACGAAGCACCUCAUAUCGCUUGUGUGGUGCCCCCUGGCCAGCCUGAUGGCCAAUUUCUACAACAAGAGGCGAGCGGUGGUAAACGGUUCUCUGGCGUGUUCAGCGGCUGUCGCUCUGGUUCUGCUUCUUUUCCCGCCUAUAGAUCUGCAUGCAAAUAUCAGCCUGUGCAAUGCGUCGAAUCCAAGAAGUGCUCCAACAUCCAUGGAAUCCCAACCGCAAAUCAAUUCACCUACCGUCUGCCAGCCUGUGGUCACCGUUCCUGCAAAUACCUCACAGCUCCCUCAAAACAGUACAGCAGAGUCAAAGACCAGCAGCUCUGCUGUGCUUCACACAACGACCCUCACCUUGGGGAGGAAUAAGAGAUCUGAAAUCAAACUGGAGCAGGAGCAACAUAUAGAAGAACUUGAAUUCCUGGGCAGCCUGAAGGUGAUGGACACACAACACCAACUCUUCUUCCUCGUACUUAUCGCCGUGUCUGUAUGGGAGCUUGUGGCAGCCCCGCUGCAGUGGACAGCAGAUGAUGGCCUGUAUGACUAUCUUGACUUUGCCGACGCGUCCGACCACUACAGUGGCACUGGAGUGUGGCGUUUAGUCGGGGCUGCGUGCGGUGUCGGAGGAGCGGGGCUGCUGGUCAGCCAGUUAAACUGUUUCAUCUUUGGGCAAACAUCCAGGAGUGCUGUGCAUUUCUUAUGCUACGCCGGCUUGUCCGUGCUGGCCUUGCCGAUCGCAUCCUUCCUCCCUAUCUACGUGAACAAGCAGCAAGCCAGGGCGAACCGGCUGCUCAAGGCUGUGCAGCUGGUGCGCGGCUCCCAGCGGGCUCUGCUUUGUGCAGUCACUGCCCUGCUGGUGGGAAUGGCGCUCGCUACCGUGGACAACUUCCUGUUGUGGCACAUGCAGGAUCACAACAGCACGGAGCUGCACAUGGGAGUGUGCCUCGGCAUUGCAUGCCUCUCACAGGCCGCCUUCCCUCUGCUGGCUGCACGGCUGUCCAGACUGCUCAUCUCAGACAGGGUACUUACGCUGGCGACAACUACUCUUGCAUUACAGUUUUUCUAUUACUCCUUCCUCUGGGGGGCAUGGGCUGUGCUACCCGCUCAGCUUUUCAGCUGUUUGAGCUGUGGAGCCUUCUGGUGGGCUGUGAGGGUGCAGGGAGACAAUGUUGCCACGCCAGGAACAGAGAGGAGCGUAAAGAGGGUCUACGAUGCACUCAUAUUCGACUUGGGAAGGGCAAUGGGAAGCUUCGCUGGAGGGUUUGUGGUCCACUCUUGUGGGCUGGCAUGGCUUUUCAGGGCGGUGGCCAUGGUUCUGAUGGUGUGGUGCGUGUGCUUGCCUCUGCUCCAGUGGAACGCCCCCCGCCAGCAAAGGAUCAACUAUUCUCGCCUUUUGACAGCAGAUACAAGCGAGGCCAGUGACUCUGAAUCGGAGCAAGAGAGAGACUGGUUGAAUAAAGCUAUGCAAGACAACGGCCGAAAUAACAACUAUGGAAGGAGGCCAAACUACUAAACUCCACAGUGGGACCACAGCAAAAGAAAACAAUCAUUUAGUCACAACCUGCUUGGCUUUCUGUUACAGACAAAACACUCUUUAUUAUGCUGUCCUCACCAAAAAGUCAUUAAAUCACCAAUUAUAUUUCUACCCUAAUCAUACCUACUAAUCUAUUUUCAGUCUUGCCAUUUUCACUCUCUCGAUUUGAGCGUUAUUUAAUGGAGUGGAGGCAUCAGCUGUUGGGAUGAAUCAUCACUAAGCCCCCUGACGGGCAUAAAUUUACACAGGUAGUCAUUCAUCCUCAAGCAAACAAGGGCAGGAUUGUGUGAGGGUCGAGGAAGGCGGCUCAAUUUGAAAUCCUCUCACUGAAAAGUAAAUACAAGACGUGUGCACAAGGUAGGUUAAACAAUGGUGCUUCUCCACACCCUAGUCUCUUUAACUACUGGUUAGGUCGCCAUAAAAUGGUAAUACAGUACAUUACUCUCCAAGACGCCCGUAAAAAUGUCUGUUUGCUAUUGCGUCCAUAAGCUCCUGUGCAUAACGCCAAUUUGCUUAAGGAAGUGCUCAUUACAGCCUGCAUAAAACAACAGGUGUUCACGGGCUAUCGAAAUACACACUUCCACCCGAAAAUACAUGCAAAACUUAACCCGUAAGGCAUACCUUACGGGUUAAGUAGCUUUGUGAGGAAAGUGUGGACUUGAGCUUUCAGGCAUGCCUUGCGGGUUGUAGAUUAUUAUAAAAUAGUAGUGUUUUGCAUGUUUAUUAGCUAUUUUGAUACCCACGUAGUUUGUCUGGUGCAUUUAUAUCAUGUGUUUCACAUGUGUGCACCGGCAUCUGGUUUGAUGAACUCCUGUUGGUUUAUGCUUUGUGGUUGUUUUCACACAAAUAA